GUGCGGGACGACGGGAGUUCGCGUCGUCGUUAGUCUCGGCUGUUCCGGCGGCGGCGGUGCUGUGUACACGGCGCGGAGACGGACCGCCGCCGCCACGGGGAUGGACUUUGGUUUCGAUCUUGGUGCGGCGGCGGUGGCGGCUCGGCGCGCCGCCGGUGUGCGUCUUUGCGGCCGCGCACGCCAAAGGUGUAACCCUUGCACACACCCCCAUCGACGGCGCCGCCACUACCCCGCCGUACAGCAGCAGUCGACCGCCACCGCCACCGCCGCCUUUCGCCCGUCCGAGUGAGUGCGUGCGUGUGCGGUGCCCAUGUGGGCGCGUCCCGCCACGACCGACUCGCCGCGCCGCGCUCUCCGGGCGAAAACCCCCGAAUAUUGCGGUCAAACGCGCACGCACUCGGGUCGCGCGCUCCGCCGCGUCAUAUAUACCGCGACGGCGACGCGUUUCGUAUACCGGUUACCGGAGCUCCGGCGCCGCGCCGCCGCCGUUUAACCGCGCUCGCUCGCUCGCACACACAAACGAACAUCCACACACAUACACGCACACACACACAUACACGUAUAGUAUACCGUAAAUGCAUAUAUAGUUGCGGUACCGCGUUUGUAUAGUGCGCGCGGCGGCGUCGUUAGGUAGUGUAGUCGCGCCGGCGGUCGGGUUUAUACCGUCUUCGUCGUCGACGAUAAUAAUAUAAUCACAAAAUUAUUAUUAAUAAAAUACGACGUCCGUUAUAAUGUUAUAAUAUAUUACGCACCGACGUUACAAAAAGCGGUCGUCUGCACGUGGCCUUUUUUUUCCGUUAAUGAUAAUAAUAAAUACAUAUAAUAAUAUUUUAUUACCGUAAUUACCGCCGUCCGAUCGCAGUGCGUUUCGUAAAUAACAUAUUAAUAUACACACGCGGGUACACGGAAACCACCACGACCGACGACGGACGAGCGAUUCGCGAGCGCGGCGGUGUCGAGGGGACGCGGACGGAAGGAAGCAAAAAAAAAAAAGAGCGGGAAACGCGGUCGUAAAAGUAUAAUAAAAAAAAAAAAAAAAAACACUGCACUUCAACCGCGGUAGGUGCACCGCCGCCGCCGCCACCGCCACCGCUUCCGCUGCCGCCCGUCACUCGCCAGCGCUGUCGAAAGUUUGUUUGUAUUUUUUUCGUAUUUUUUUUUCGUCGACGGCGCGUCCGUGUUUUUUUCCCCUCCGCUACCCGCCGGCCGACCGACGGCCUUGAACUGUUCCGCGAUCCACCGCCGCCACGUUUUUAAAUCACCGUUGUUGCCGGCGACGUGACAAAGAACCCGGUCCGUUACGUAUUUACCGAGCGCGACGACCGCGGAAGUCUACCGCGGCAGGAUGGUGGUGAAGGGCGCCCAGAUGACGGGCGGCGUGGGAGGCGUCGCCGCGACCGGUUCCGGAGCCGACGACGGCCUGUCGGACGCGUACGCCAAGAUGACCGCCGACAUACUGGCCGAACGGUCGCUGGGCGACUUCCUGUCCGAACACCCCGGCGAACUGGUGCGCACCGGCAGCCCGUUCCUGGUGUGCACCAUACUCCCCACGCACUGGCGGUCCAACAAGACACUUCCGGUAGCGUUCAAAGUGGUGGCGCUAGGCGAGGUUCCGGACGGCACGGCCGUCACCAUACGCGCGGGCAACGACGAGAACUUUUGCGCGGAGCUGCGCAACUGCACCGCCCUGAUGAAGAACCAGGUGGCCAAGUUCAACGAUUUGCGGUUCGUGGGCAGGAGCGGAAGAGGCAAAAGUUUUACGCUGACCAUAACUGUGAGCUGUUCGCCCCCGCAAGUUACCACUUACAAUAAAGCCAUCAAAGUCACUGUGGAUGGACCCAGAGAACCACGUUCCAAAACACGGCAGCAGCAACAGUUCCACGCCUUUGCUUUUGGCCAAAGACCGUUCUUAUCGACGCACUUCGCUAAUCCAUUAGAUCCACUGCACAGGACUGCCGAUCCACUUGCUUUCCGCAUGCCAGCCAUGGCAAAUUGUCAAAACAUGGGCCAGUUCGCGCCCCAUCACUCGUGGGGAUACUCUCAUUCAACAGCGUACUCGACGUGGCCGGGCGGGGGCGGAUGCACGAACUUCACGCCGCCCGCGCUCGCCACCGGAUUCACCGGCUCCGUCGCCGCGUCCGAACUUCACACCUCCCUGUCGGCCGGACACCAACACGACUUGUUCACGACGUGCACGGUCAACGCGCAGACGACGGCCGCCGUGAUGCCACCGUUUGCGGACACGACCGUGCCGACCGCCAACGGACCGGGCGACCUAGAGCACCAGCUGCUACUGUCAUCGUCGACGUCCAACUGUCACCAGCAACACGACCGGACCGGGUUCCCGACGGUCAGGGGUUACCACCAGCAGCAGUCGACCGUUAACGACCAGUCGAUGCCCCCGCCGGCGCCGGACCUGCACCCGACAACUUCGUCGGGUCCCAGGUCGACCGACUCGUCGGCACCCGACUCGCCUACCGGGCCCGGUGGGUCCACGGACGACAUGAUGGCCAUCGGCCACGCGCACGGUUACGAUCAGCUGGGCGGUGGCGGUGGAGGUUACCACGGCGGCGGUCACCCGACGACGGGCAUGCAGUUACCGGCGUCGUUGCAACUCUACUCGCAGCUGUACCACGCGUCCGCGGCCGGUAACAUGACCAGACACCAUCACCACCACCAUCACUACCACCAACCCGGUGACGACGAAGGCGGUGGCGUUGGCGUCGGCGUCGACGACGAUCAUUUGCAAGUCAGCGGCGCCGCCCAGAGGCCCACCCAACAGGCCGUGGCCGCGACCGACCACGGGGCCGUCUGGAGACCUUAUUGAGUGGGUAAAGAUGACAUGACACGACGGCCGUCCGCGGAUCUGCCUAGCCUAUAUAAUAUGUAUGCCUUCCUACACUAUUAUUUUUAUUACGAUGUGUUUUAAUAUUAUAUUAUUAUGAUAUCAGACGAAACUAUUUAGAUUAAAAAUAACUAAAAUAACUCGUAAUAUUAUAAUAUAAUAAUUAUUGUAUACGACUAAGACUAUUCCUAGAUCAAUAGAUCAUUAAUUCUAUUAUUAUUAUUACUAUUAAACCUCCUACCUAUAAUAUAUUAUGAUAUAGGCAUAUAUUAUAAUACGAUGUAUAUAAAUAACCUUGUGAUUCACGUAAUUUAAUAAUAUAUGUAUAUUAUAAUGUAAUGAUAUACGAUGUGCAAUAUUAAA